AUGCUCAACAAUGGAGCAUACUACCUCGGACAUGUCGUUGCCGGAAGCGGCAUGAAUCGCACCCGACUCGAUGGGGACAAGCGUCGAGUGCCCGUUGAAUCAGUCAACCAAACCACAAGCAUGAUUCGGAACUACUGCAGACAUAUCCAGAUAGCUAGCUCAAAAUCCUCGCAACAACGAGGCACACGCUUACAAGGUCAUCGAGUUUACAUCGCUUCAAGCCUAAGAUUUGGCACUUAG